GCGGGCACCGAAUCACCAGGCACGACAGUGGGCUCUGACUCAAUUGGCACGACAGCGGGCACCGGGUCAUUAGGUACCGGAUUGUCUGGCUCGACAGCGGGCAUCGGGUCACCAGGUAUGACAGCGGGCACUGGGUCACCAGGCAUCAGGUCAUUUAGGCUCGCCAGCGGGCACCGCGUCAUCUGGCAAGGCAGUGGGCACCGAGUCACCAGGCCGACAGCGGGCUCUGAGUCAAUUGGCACGACAGCGGGCACCGGGUCAUCAGGUACCGGAUCAUCUGGCUCGACAGCGGGCAUCGGUCACCAGGCAUCAGGUCAUUUGGCUCGCCAGCGGGCACCGCGUCAGUUGGCAAGGCAGCUGGGCACCGAGUCACCAGGUACGACAGCGGGCUGAGUCAAUUGGCACGACAGCGGGCACCGGAUCAGGUACCGGAUCAUCUGGAUCAACAGCGGGCAUCGAGUCAACUGGC